CUCCGUAAUGCCCAGCUCCCCCUCCUGUUCUUCGAACACAUCUCGAAUGCAGUUUUCAUUUCAACAAAAGAGAAAACUUCCGCCCUCAGUGUCAUCUAAACCUUUCAAAAGACUUUCCGCGCAUCGCCAGCAGCAGUCAUGGGAAGAGGAAUACUUUGCCGGCACCGAGGCCAUUGUCGGGGAAGAAAGAAGAUGGAUAUCUGAUAUAGAGCAAACGUCGUUGCGAUUCUCUACCACGCUACACUUUGUCGGACCCCUAAAUCAGCCUCCAUCCGAGACGCCCGCUCAAGUAUGGCUUACUCAAGGACACAGCAAAUAUGCCGUCAAAUUGUUCAAACCUUAUACGGAUGAAGAUGCAAAAUCUCAGCUGGCACACCUUCCUGAUCCAAAGCCGAGUCUCCAGAAGGUUAAGCAUGAUUACAGCCCGUUCCUCCAGGAGAUGAAAGCUUACGAACGUAUACGCAAAUUUUGCCCGGAAUCUCAGCGACAUUUCUUCCUGACUUAUCAUGGUACAAUCGACAUACCUCGGAGUUCUGGUCACCACCAAGGGGUUGUGAUCGACCUUCUCCAACUUGGGAUUGAGAACCGCCGGCUACAAUCGGCAAGUGUUCCUGAAGGUUUUCGACCACAUCUCGAUAGUCUACGGCUUGCGCUCGUGGAUAUGGACUUGUCGGAAGUUGAAGAAAGAUGGUAUCUUAGCGUGUUGAAGAGUCGGCUGAAAAUGGUGACGGCCUUACAUGCGCUUGGUAUCUCUCAUGGCGACAUAAAAAGUGAUUGCUUUGGACUGCCAGUCUCUCUACACGACAUUGCCUUGUACGACUUCAGUCGCUCCUACACUUUCACACCGGAGCGUCCCUGCCGACUUCGACUACGACCGUUGAAGCGGGAGGUGGAUGUUGAGCGCCGCCAUGUUCGGGAGACAGUUUUGGAUUUGGCUAAAUCCGCUCGAUUAUUGCACCACUUCGCGACACUCUUAAAUACGACAGCAGAAAAGGCGCGCGACAUGCUCCGUAUACGUGUCCCUCGUCAUUUACUUCCAACGGAACUUUCCGUUGUAAGGCUAUCUAUUAUCCUCGAAAAUAGUGAUCCGUUCUUUCCUUCGCUCUCCUCUAUCCUACCAUUUUUAGAGCCGACGGCGUCGGGAAGACCGGCGGAAUGGACGGUGACGAUGGUAAAGCAUCUUGACGACUUUGUGUGCGUGUCCUACUCUGAGAUGAAGGACUGCGCCGUUCCAUCAAAGAGCUUCAUACUGGCGUCUCUCGUGUCUUCAGGUGGUGUUAUUAUCGAGCAACUCAGCUUACUUUGUCCCCAUGGAAGCCCGCCUAGCAAGUCCGCUUUCGCAUUACUACCUAGCACUUGGCUCGGAACUCUAGAUACCAGACGGCUUGUCUGGAUCCUUCUCCACUCGCCGUCAUUUUGUGGGACUGAGAAGACGGUGACCGUUCUAGAUCGGCAGCAGCUCGAUACCGAGAUGAAAGAAGUCCAUUAAACGACAUCAGGUCUAUACUAUCAAGGUCUACGAUGCCUUUCCGAAGUACCCUGCUCCCGUGUCGAAUCCUUCCUACUUGUAGAAGACUGGCCGAGAUCCCCAGGGGGCUCUUUCCGUUUCUCUGCCACCUUCUGCUGCUCACCAAAGAUUGGUUCAUAAUGAUCAGAUAAAGCCCGCUCCUCUGCUGCCAGUCGAACUAAGCAGUAGAGAUGAAGGUUGAUAGUAUUCUUUGAGUUCCCAUGAUCCCAUGGUGUAAUCACCACUUCCAGCAUAGCUACAUCUGCAUCCCGCGGCUCCGG